UCUUGCCUGCCUGCCUGCCUGCCUGCCUGCCUGCCUGCCUGCCUUACAUCCAACAUGGCCCUCCCUCCACAGCGCCUCUGUGGCCACUGCCUCUACUUUAACUUCUCUUCCCUUCCGUCUUCCUGAACUAAUUGCUUGCUUGCAUGACAUCGAGGAUAGUCUCUAUGACAUGAUGCCUUUCAUGGAAGCCACAGGUGGCUCAAACGCUAACAGUCCCUCUACCCCCCACGACUCUGCUUCUGGACUGUUGCUAGAUGGCACACGAGGAGCACUGAGACACCUUCUUGACCAAGUUCAAGACCAGCUUCCGGCCGAAUCCCUGGCUCAUAUUAACAAUGUCAAGUUCUCUGCCACGAACACGGAAAGCCCCUACUUCCCGAGCCCUUUGAAGCAGACAGAAGCAAUAUCCGCCCUGAAGGCGGUUGAAGCUGGCCUGGCUGCUUCCAUAGCAGACCUUGGAACCAAUGACACGCAAAGAAGCAUCGAAGUUGAUCUUGAACGAGCUUCUGCCUACCUAUUUUCUACCUACCUCACAACUGUGGGGGGCAUGGACAAAAGUCACCCAAAAGUAAAGAAGCUAUUGAAGGAUACCGACUUGCUUCAAGCGCAAUCUAUACUUUACCGCAGAUUAUCAGCAAAUUUGUACGAAACCAGGAUUCCGGGAGAAUAUUUUCAUCUUCACGGCUCACUCGAAGCCACCAAAGCUCUUAACAUGAUUGGUCUUGAAGGUCAUCGGCCUGAUCUGACCGAUUACCAUCAGUGUAUAAAGGUCAUUGAAGACCAUGUCAAGAAAUAUACCGCUGAUGAGCUUGAAGAAAUGAACUGGAAAAUCAAACAAGCUGGUGUCACCUGCUUGAAAUGGGAAGACUUUCAGUUGACACAGCAUGGAUACGAAUUGGUACAACAACCGCCUUGGAAUGUCGAGCCGCUGGAAACUUGCUCGCCGCCUGUGCCUUUUCCUUUCAAGAAAUCAAGUGCGCCGAAGCCGCAAAUACUCUCAGGCAUCCGUGUAGUCGAACUCUGUCGAAUCAUUGCCGGGCCUGCCAUAACGAAAUCGUUGGCGGAGUAUGGUGCCGAAGUGAUCAAGAUUACUUCCCCCAACCUCUCCGAUGUUCCUUUCUUCCAAGUGGAAGGAAAUCUAGGAAAACACGCCGCAGAAUUGAAUCUUCGUGAAGAGAGGGAUCGGAAGCAAUUUGAGGAAUUGCUACAAACUGCAGACGUUAUACUGGAUGGAUACCGUCCUGGCAGCUUGAAACGCCUUGGCUAUGGACCCGCACAGAUUCUGAGUCUCAUCAAACAUCGCAAACGUGGCAUUGUGUACGUUGCCGAGGAUUGCUUUGGUCACACUGGACCCUGGAGCUCACGCCCGGGAUGGCAACAGAUUGCAGACUGUGUCACAGGUGUCGCUUGGGCCCAAGGUCUUGGAAUGGGUCUGAACGAGCCUGUAGUCCCGCCGUUUCCCAUGAGCGACUAUGGAACUGGAUGCAUGGGAACUAUAGCAGCACUGACAGGUUUAUACAAGAGGGCGAAAUAUGGUGGGAGCUACCUGGGAACGACAUCUCUUUGCCAGUACGACAUAUACCUGUUGCAGCUCGGACUUUACGACGAUUCAAUUAUGCAGCAGUUGAAGGAACAGCACGACAAUCAUUUCUUUGAGUUACGACACAAUGAUUCGGUGGAUGAAGUGGGGAAACGCGCACUCAAAUCGAUGCGAAGAACGCACCCCGAACUUUUCGAGGACCGACACAUGCACGAGUGUUUUAGUCGUGGGUUCAACGCCAAAGUACGAACAGUCAAGCCUGUAAUAAGCGUAGAAGGCACUUGGAACGGGUUCCUGAGAAGCUCUCGGCCAAACGGGUUCGAUGAGCCAACAUGGGAGAAUUGGGAGGUGGACGAGGACAUGCUCACGAUGUGAUACCGAUACCCAGCAUAGAUUUGCAGAUUCUAUCUCGUUAUUUGCGAGCAUCCAUUGAAAGGGCGUACAGCAUAGCGAAUUCGGUUGAUGGACCAAUACACCUUGCUUUAUCCAUCAUGCAUUGUUGCCCUCAAAGCUUCCAACUACUUCUCGCAUUUUCUCCUUCUCCUUGCACUACUUUCAUCGCACUAUAUCACACGCACAGGAAUAUCGUAACAUCGCAACCAGUGCAACUUCCGAUGGCCGUCAGUCUGUCGCCACAUAUCCCCUGCUCGCGGCCUCAUCACGCAACAUCCUCAUGGUCUACUGACUCGGCUUU